UCGCCUUGCUCAGAACAAUAUAUACAUGUCAAUAAUAAAACUAUAACCGUAUACGUUUUAAUUAUUCAGGAAUAUCAUAAUGCAGAUCAAUAGGAUUGCCGCUGUGUGCUCAUGGCUGCUGAUCUUCAAAUUCUGCAUAUGUCAUCAGGACCAAACACACUUGUCUUCCUAUCUGAUGAAAAAGGAGACUGCGAAAUCCUUCCUUACGGGUUCUAGAAUCAGCAAGAGAAGUGCUGACCAAUGCGUGAACAACGAAGAAUACUGCGAGGAUCACAAAUUAGAAUGUACGUUAUACACCGAGCGAUCACGUGAGGAAAACUGCAGGCCCGACCCCUGUAGGACAGGUAUGACGUGUUACAUGUCUGUACCAUGUCCUGCACACUAUCGGACUGGAUGUGAUGCAAAUGCUUGUCUGGCCCGGCCAUGUAAGAAUGGUGCUACAUGUAAAACAGCGGGUACUACUUACACAUGUUUGUGUACAUCAGCCUACUACGGUACGACCUGUGAUUACGUGGAUAGGUGCCGCUCCAACCCCUGUAUCAAUGGAGGGACAUGUACCAGGAUAGGAUCUGACUUCAGGUGUGGAUGUACAAAUGAGUACCAAGGAACCACUUGUCAACAUCAAAGUUCGUGUCACGGCCAGCCCUGUGAGAAUGGAGCAACAUGUCAUUUUGUUGGAGCGACGAGAACAUGCACGUGUUUAUCCGGAUUCUACGGUGAUCACUGUGAAAAUGUGGAUAGGUGUUUGUCCGGGCCCUGUAUUAACGGAGGGACAUGUACCAGGAGUGGGUCUGACUUCAGGUGUGGAUGUACAAAUGAAUAUCACGGAACUACCUGUCAGUAUCGAAGUCCAUGUUAUGGCCAGCCUUGUAAGAAUGGGGCAACGUGUCAUUAUGUUGGAGCAACGAAAAUAUGCACGUGUUUAUUAGGAUUCUAUGGUGAUCUCUGUGAAAAUGUGGAUAUGUGUUUGUCCGGGCCCUGUAUUAACGGAGGGACAUGUACCAGGAGUGGGUCUGACUUCAGGUGUGGAUGUACAAAUGAAUAUCACGGAACUACCUGUCAGUAUCGAAGUCCAUGUUAUGGUCAGCCUUGUAAGAAUGGGGCAACGUGUAAUUAUGUUGGGACAACGAAAACAUGCACGUGUUUAUUAGGAUUCUAUGGUGAUCUCUGUGAAAAUGUGGAUAGGUGUUUGUCCGGGCCCUGUAUUAACGGAGGGACAUGUACCAGGAUAAGGUCUGACUUCAGGUGUGGAUGUACAAAUGAAUAUCACGGAACUACCUGUCAGUAUCGAAGUCCAUGUUAUGGUCAGCCUUGUAAGAAUGGGGCAACGUGUAAUUAUGUUGGGACAACGAAAACAUGCACGUGUUUAUUAGGAUUCUAUGGUGAUCUCUGUGAAAAUGUGGAUAGGUGUUUGUCCGGGCCCUGUAUUAACGGAGGGACAUGUACCAGGAUAAGGUCUGACUUCAGGUGUGGAUGUACAAAUGAAUAUCACGGAACUACCUGUCAGUAUCAUAGUCCAUGUUACGGCCAGCCUUGUAAGAAUGGAGCCACAUGUCAUUAUGUUGGGACAACGAGAACAUGCACGUGUUUAUCCGGAUUCUAUGGUAAUCGCUGUGAAAAUGUGGACAAGUGUCUAUCAAGGCCUUGUAUUAACGGAGGAACAUGUACAAGGUUAGGCUCGGACUUCAAGUGUGGAUGUACAAUUGAAUACCAUGGACACACCUGUCAGUAUCAAAGUCCAUGUUAUGGCCAGCCUUGUAUGAAUGGAGCCACGUGUCAGUAUGUUGGGGCAACGAGAACAUGCACGUGUUUAUCCGGAUUCUAUGGUAAUCGCUGUGAAAAUGUGGACAAGUGUCUAUCAAGGCCUUGUAUUAACGGAGGAACAUGUACAAGGUUAGGCUCGGACUUCAAGUGUGGAUGUACAAUUGAAUACCAUGGACACACCUGUCAGUAUCAAAGUCCAUGUUAUGGCCAGCCUUGUAUGAAUGGAGCCACGUGUCAGUAUGUUGGGGCAACGAGAACAUGCACGUGUUUAUCCGGAUUCUAUGGUGAUCGCUGUGAAAAUGUUGAUAGAUGUCUAUCCAGGCCCUGUAUUAACGGAGGGACAUGUACCAGGAUAAAGUCUGACUUCAGGUGUAGAUGUACAAAUGAGUACCAAGGAACCACCUGUCAGAAUCAAAGUCCUUGCUUCGGCCAGCCUUGUAAGAAUGGCGCCACGUGCAGAAAUGCUGGAGCAACCUUCACGUGCAUAUGUUCACAUGGGUUCUACGGUGGUCACUGUGAAAAUGAUGAUGCCUGCCUCAGCGCUCCCUGCACUAACGGUGCUACCUGUAACAGAAUUGGAUCAGAUUACAGCUGUUCUUGUACAGAACGAUACACGGGGUCACGCUGUACAAAAGAUUGUAGACCCGGGCCAGCGGAUAUCGUUAUAAUACUGGAUGCAUCAAGUAGCGCAAACACAGUGUUUAACGCGUCCAAAGCAUUUAUUGCGACAUUUGUGAAAGGCUUGUCGAUAGAUGCUGGUGAAUUCCGAAUCGCACUGCUCACAUAUUCACUCGAUGCCCAUCUGGAAUUUGGAUUUAGCGCACAUUUGAAUAAGUCAACAUUGCUGGCUGCAGUAGACAAUGUUUCAAAUAGCUCUGGUCCAUCUCAUCUGCAUAUAGCUCUGAAGAAGGCAAGGGAGAUUCUACGAAGCGAUUCGGUUGCUGGAGUAAAACAAUAUACCCUCGUAUUAUCUGACGGACUCUCAACACUUCGGCAAGAAGCCAUUGCACAAUCCCGAGUACUCAGGGCUGAUGGCGUUAAGGUUAUGUGUGUUGGGAUAGGAAGACAGGUGGCUCAAGAAGAACUGCUUCAGAUAGCUACAGACACUCCGUAUGUCUUCUCCUCCACAAACAACGACAUGCUCAAUGUAGUUCUAAUGGAGACUGUAGACACAAGCUGUACAGACUGUGUCAUAAACAAGGUCUCCGACAUUGUAUUGUUAGUGGAUGUAUCUCAGCACCAGAUUGGUCAGCUACAGAGGACACUUGACAUUGUCAAAUUCUUUAUACAGCAGGUCCGGGCCUAUUUCUCUAACACUCGGAUAGCAAUGGUAACGUUUGACGUUCUUCAACAUGUACAGUUUAGUCUCACUGACGAUCAGCACACAGACAGUGUACUAGUCCACAGUCAGAUAGGCAUUAAUACGUCCAACCGGAAGUCUUCUGUCAGUGAUGCUCUAUCAUUUGUCCGAACAUCCGUUUUAACAGGGGCUCGAGAUUCCAGCCGGAAGUUUGUAGUAGUGUUUUCUAAUGAAGGUUGGACAGACGUGAAUGAUAUACUACACGAGAGACAGACUCUGAAUAUGGAUAAUGUCACUGUAGCGUUUGUUCCAGUCGGGCAAUCGGCCGAACUUGACACUGUGUAUUCUGUAGCUGAGCAAGCCAGUGACGUAUUCUAUGUCGGGGAGCAUGAGGCGGAUCAUGACAGACUGAAGGCUUUGGUAGCUCGGACGUUCCACGUGGAUUGUACUCCUGACAUUUUUGUUAGACGACAAGGACACGUAAUGAUGGAAAAUGUUUAAUAACAGAAAAUGUAACAUCUCAUCCUUAACUAAUCAGGUACUUAAACAUACAAACGGUAGGGUGGCAUGCUGCAAUAAAUAAAACUAAUGAUUUGACUCUUUUUUCCGCCAGCACUCGUGAUCAAACGAGUUUCUGGUAAGAGAGAAAGCUCUAGAGCUCACAUAUCACUACAUACAGAAAUAUUGACUGUAUUACACUUCAACCGCAGAGGGGGUUGAAUAUCUUUUUUUUUUGUCUUCAGUGAAUUGUUGGGAUUAUCAUUUACUGAAAUAUAUCAAAACAUGCACCAUUCACGUAGGUGAUAUUAUAUGAUACAAUGAACCAAAACGAGUCGGGGACACUUCCCACAUUUAUGACUGAUAGGGUGAAGUAAAGUUUGUUUUCUCUGUCUACUGAUCACCAGCUGUGUCGAUAUCACGUAUUAUGUGCAGCAAUGUCAUUAUUGAGGAUGGCGAUCAUGGGAAAUAAUAAUGUUCUUACGAUGAGAUAAGAGUUAUGAUGAUUUAGUUUGACGUAUUGUCUGUCGGAGCAUCUGUUGACAUCAUGUUAUAUUUUAUAUACAUUAAAUACAUCAAUGUUAAGA